UAAACACGGGAGGGGACCAUUUGCCAACCCCACACCCCAUGCUCAUCUUCCUUUCCUAGCUCCCUUCUUCUUCUUCUGGUUCCCUCUGAUCUUCGUCUUUCUUCUCAAGAUUUUCUACUGCUUGAUCUCUCCUUCCAUGUUUAUAAGAUCUCUUCGGUCCUCUCCUCCCCACCCCUUCUGCGCAUUUCGUUCCUUCACCGUCUCUGGGGAAUCCUGUCCCUAGAAAAAUGUCGCACGGCGACACGAUGCCCCUGAAUUCCUCGCAGUCGGACAUUGACGAGAUCGAGAACCUCAUCAAUGCCAGCGUCCAAUCAGGCCCUGCCACGGUGCUUCCCGCCGGUCCCCCUAGCCCUCAACGUGCCUCGAUCCCCGUCUCCUCAUCCCCUUUCAUCCCCUCCAACAUACCCCCACCGGCCUAUCAGAAGCCUCCCACUGUUCCUGUCCCUGCUCCUCCCCCUUUGCCAGCGCCGGAGAUCCGAUCUAGCUCCGGCCCCAGCAUCACCGCCACCGGAUUUGGGCCGCCCCCGAACACGUUGACGGAGCCUGUAUGGGACACCGUCAAGAGGGAUUUGUCUAGAAUUGUGAGCAAUUUGAAGCUCGUGGUGUUCCCCAACCCGUUUCGUGAGGACCCGGACAAAGCUUUGAGGGAUUGGGAUCUUUGGGGGCCUUUCUUCUUCAUUGUCUUUCUCGGCCUUACCUUGUCGUGGUCCGCGUCCGUGAAGAAGUCUGAGGUUUUUGCUGUUGCAUUUGCGCUUUUGGCAGCUGGAGCUGUAAUUCUUACAUUGAACGUACUACUGCUGGGUGGCCACAUAAUAUUUUUUCAGAGCCUGAGUCUUCUAGGUUACUGCUUAUUCCCUCUGGCUGUUGGAGCACUUAUCUGCAUGUUGAAGGACAAUGUUAUAAUUAAGGUGAUUGUGGUUUUUGUGACAUUGGCUUGGAGCUCUUGGGCUGCGUAUCCAUUCAUGAGUUCAGCUGUCAAUCCAAGGAGAAAAGCCCUCGCACUCUACCCUGUCUUACUCAUGGGACGGUAGACCUGAACCACGAGACCCGCAGCAUUUGAGAAAAAGAGAGGUUUGGGCCUGGACCACCGGGCGGUAUGUUUCUUUCCAAACUAUUAAUUAUUUUGGAUCCUGGUUUGGUUGAGGCUUUGCCAAAGAAUAUAUAGUUCACUGGGAAGAUGUUUAACCUUCAAGAAUAUUUUGUGAGAUUUGUCAAUGCACCAUUGUCCUUUGGCGCAGUGAAGAUGCUGCAAUAUUUACCAAAUGAAUAGGUGAAUUAAAUUUUAGUAGGACCGGUUAGGCUUUUAGUUUAUUUUAGUUUUUGAAAAUGUUGACAAACGCUGGGAGUUUUCAUUUUUAAUUCUUGUUUCUCAUUUCUUUU